UUUCCAUUAUCCGUCUUCUUACCCGCUCUGCUUUAACCCUUGAAAACUUCCUGCUCAAACCAUGGGCUUCAAAACCAAUAGCCAGCUGCCUUUAAGCUUCCGUCUAGGAAGUCGCCUCGUUUUUGCGAAAAGUGCCACAUGGAUAGAUGCACGGAAGCCGAAUGUGUGUCACUUGGAGCUUAUCCAGCCCUUCUUCUUGACUCUUAUGCAAUAUACUAUCGGCUUUCUUUGCCCCUGGAUCAAAGCACGCUGGCCAGAAUGGUUUCUACCCGAAGCUGUUAUUCUCAAAAGACCGAAACCGGAUUGGGAAUCAGAAUACGCCACAGAAAAGAAAGCCUACGAGCUUCUAAGGCCAAUUCAGGGUGUUAUUACCCCUUAUUUCUAUGGUGAGGCGGUAUAUGAUGGAUCCCCAGCACUUGUCCUUUCAGCCGUUACUGGACAAGAUCUGUAGGACAUCGCACACAGCAAAUCUCAUAUAAACGAGAACGAGCUAUAUAAUAGCCUUCUGGAUGCUAUGGAAAC